AUGUCCGCUCCGCCCGCAGACUCCGUAUCCCCAGCGCCUUCAAACACGCCCAUGGAAGACAUCAUCCGAACAAAGAUACAAACCGCUCUCUCCCCCACCACCCUCACCAUCCGCAACGACUCCCAUCUCCACGCCCACCAUGCGCCAAUGCGCGGCGUUACUUCCAAAGAGACGCACUUCAAGUACAGCGCAUCCCAUUGGAUUCAAUGA